CUCACCAUGGCUUUUAUUACCUAUCUUUUGACUAGAGUCGAUGUGUUACUAUUUUUUUCAGCUUUUGUUGCAAUAUUCAUCUAUUGGUUUAAUGGAUCUAAGAAGAGCACAGCAAAGAUGCCUCCAGGACCUACCCCUCUCCCUAUCAUUGGCAACCUACAUUUAAUGGACCUGAAUAAGCCCCACCAAUCACUGAUGGAGAUGUCUAAGAAGUAUGGUGAAGUCUUUACUCUACAGUUUGGACCCAAAAAAGUGGUGGUUAUUGCUGGGUACAAGGCUGUGAAAGAGGCACUCGUCACCCGAGCUGAGGAUUUUGGAGACAGGGCGAUUACUCCAAUCUUCAGUAUAACCUCCAAUGAUCAUGGUGUCAUUUUUACCAAUGGAGAAUUAUGGAAAUCUAUGAGGAGGUUCACCCUAUCAACCCUUCGAGACUUUGGAAUGGGAAAGAAACUACUAGAAUCGAAAAUUCAAGAUGAAAUAAUCCCUUUUAUAGAAAAAAUAAAAUCUUUUAAUGGUAAACCCUUUGAUACACAUAUAACAAACUAUGCCAUAUCCAAUGUAAUCUGCGCUAUUAUUUUUGGGGAAAGGUUUGAGUAUGACGACCCAACAUUUCAAAAUCUGAUCAGAAUGAUAGAUGAAAAUACCAGACUGGUUGGUACUCCCAAAGUGAUGAUGUUUAACUGGUUUCCCCUAAUCGGAUCACUCCUCGGCCUACAAAAGAAAGUAAUGCAGAACAUUCAGGGUCUACAAAGAUUUAUUGUAAAAUGUAUUAAGAAACGAAGACUGGAAUAUAAUGCAAAUGACAUUGGUGGAUUUAUUGAUGCCUAUCUUAUGAAACAGGAACAGGAGUCAACAAAAACUGAGACAUAUUUCAGUGAAGAAAAUCUGAUUUCUUCGGUCCUGGAUCUCUUUGGAGCUGGAACUGAAACUACAUCUACAACAAUCCGCUGGGGAAUUUUGUUGAUGAUGAAGUAUCCGGAAAUUCAAAAGAAGGUUCAGGAUGAAAUUAAAAUACACAUUAAACCAGGACAGUUGCCAACAGUUGAGGAUCGUAAGAAAAUGCCUUAUACUGAUGCAGUGAUACAUGAAAUACAGAGGUUUUCCAAUAUAGUUCCACUGAACGUGUCACACUCAACUCCAACUGAUGUGUAUUUUCACGGUUACUGCAUCCCAAAAGGUACAGAGAUUAUUCCAUUGCUGACAUCAGUUCUCUAUGAUAAGACUCAAUGGAAAACUCCAUAUGAUUUUAAUCCCAAUCAUUUUUUGGAUGACAAUGGAAAAUUUGUCAAACAUGAUGCAUUUAUACCUUUCUCAGUAGGAAGAAGAGCUUGUGCUGGGGAAAGCCUGGCUAAGAUGGAACUUUUCCUGUUUUUCACUGGACUCCUCCAAGCAUUUACUUUCCAUCUGCCUCCAGGAGUUUCCAGAGAAGAUUUGAAUCUCAAGCCUGCUGUUGGAUUUGUUUUAGCCCCUACACCAUACAAGACAUGCGCCAAACUGAACUAUUAGUGUAUGAUGAACAAUAGAGACAGCUCAGAGACUAAUGUUUUUUUGAUUGUAUUAAUGAUAGAUUUAAGUUUGUACUUGUUAUCUCGUGUUCAACAUAUUUAAGCAGUGUUCUGCUACUAAUUUUUAAUGGACUUGCCAGUAAUGUUUUGACUUCCCUGCAGCCCCACCACAGGAGAAAUUAAUCCUUACAUAGCACUUAUUAAAAUAAUUUGGUUGUCUGUGUAAUGCAAAAUAGGAGACAUUUCCCCAAGUCAGACACACUUUUUGAAACAGUUUUUUAAUAUAUCCAACACUUUAUUAACUGGCAAUUUUCUAUACAAAUUGACUGAUCUAGACAAUCCUUUUAAACUAUCUUAUUCCAGAGAAAGCUUUUUUAACCGCAUACUGGUACUAUGUGUAGUAUAUGACUUGUAAGCUCAACUUUUACUAUCUAGACUUCUCAUUCACUUUGUUUCUGGGACAGAGAGAAAAACUCUCUUAUCCCUAACCGGGGCCCAGGGGCAAUUUCUCACCCCCCUUUACAGUAGAGUUUAUCCAGAAAGUAGAGUUCUGCACAGGUUUAUUUCGCCCCAAAAAGUGACACACAAUUGACAUACUGGGCCUCAUUUACUAAGAGUGUCGGGUUUUUACUUGUGGGAAAAGUUGUUUCAGACUUUCAAGAUUCCUCUCAAUUUACUAUUGGGAAAAGUCGGGAACAUUUUCUGACCAGCUUUUUCUAGGUCGCUAUUUCCAGCCAUUUACCCAUAGGAUUUUCUGUGAAUUCAAUAGUAAAUCGGUCGGGUUAUGAAACAACGCCCCUUUUUGGGCCAACCACACCCAUUUGUGACAGACCACGCCCCCUUUUUGCUUUUCACAGUGCAAUGUCGGGUUUGUUGGAUUUUCCAGGUGCACACUGUCGCACACUGGUGCAGACAUGUCUGCGCCAAAAUAACCAGACAAAAACUGGUCAUUUUCAGCUUAGUAAAUUAGGCCCACUAUUUAUAAGGGCCAUGCAGCAACCACACAAGUCUUCCUUUUUGGUAAGCUCCGGUUUCCAAAACAGUCAGAUAUAUUACCAUUACUCUUUCUGUACAAAUGCUUAGAUUCUGUUCAUAUCUUGUUUGUGGUUUAUGUUUAGCAUGUACAUUGGGAAAUCUCUUAAUAUACAGGCUUAACGUGUCCAUCAUACUGUUACUGAAUGAAAAGACACACACUAUACAAAGAACAUUAUCUCUCUUAAGUGCACUGUGAUAGAUUUACUUCAGAGGGGAGGAAUCUCCUCUCUCCUCCACACCAAGAUGUCUCAUGACUUAUACCUUUCCAGGCUCAUCCACACCAGGCAGUCUGUACCAGGCAUAUAGUUUCAAAACUAAGUUCAGUAGUCCCUACUACUUGCAUAUGGACACUGUUAUUCAUCAAUGAGUCCUCAGAUACGCACACUGUGAUUUGUAUUAUAACAAGACACUGAUAUAGUUAUUUUAGUUUUUUCUGUCUUAUAUACAGCUUUUUUCUUUCUUGCAGUAUAAAUGUGUGACCUUGAUGUCUCACUGCUUUCCAUCUAUGCAUUGGGUGUGGUUGUCUCUCAUCAUCUUUUAUAUGGAAUGUUGACACCAAUUCACACCAUGCAUAUUUGAUGCAGUUUAUUUGUGCAUCUCUCCCCAUAUUCCCGCUAUAUGUCUAGGACAUUACACAUUUAUACAUUUACAUUUGUGUUCUUAUAUAUUGCCCUGUGACUUUUGAAAUUACAGCUUAUUUAUGUUUAUAAAACAUGAAUGAUUUUAACUCACUGUGUAUUAAGAGUAUUUAAAGAGUUAAGCUGACCGGGUUCCACAGAUGUUUAGAAUUAAGCCAACUUCCUCUCCCUAUGUAGGGUUCUGGUUUUUAAUUCAUUGUUGUAUGACUAAGGUCUGGUGAACAGACUGAAACGCGUCACCAUUCUCCUGUACUGUGUGUUGGAUUAUUAAUAUUGCAAUAAAGCUGGAAGUUCAUAAGAGAAGCUGCCGUGCUGGAAAUUCUUUUUGAUAAAUAUAAAUAUAUAUACAUACACGCAAGGAAGCCUAUAUUGUCACAUAUUACAUUUUGCCAAACUUCUACUGGCUAGAAGAGGAAAAUCUUUAGGAAUCUCCUUCAUGAAAGAACACAGUAAGCACUAAAUAUAGUACUAAAAGGUUUGGGCCUUCCAGUAAAACGGCGGCUUUUUCUCAUAUAAUUAAGAUAGACACAUAUAGAUAUUUCUAUAUUAUUCUUCUUAUCUAUUAAGUUCAAAUUGUUUUAAAUUGAGAAACAUAUUCUGUAAAAUGGCAAAUAUAAGGAAUUGUCAUAUUGCCUCUAUUGACAUUUUUUGACAAAUAUUUAUCUACUACUUUUAAUGACAUAUCCUAAUGUUUGACUCUCUCCCAGGACUGUAUCCACCUUCUUCAGCCCACCGGACCACCUGAAAGCUGAACUAAUUUAUGCACGCUAAAGUCAACAACUGCCGAGCCGAGAAGUUUGUGGCGAAUCGAAUCACUGUAACUUCGCUCAUCUCUAGCGGACAAAUGUUUUGUCUCCUACAGACAUUGGUGACAUUGACUAUAAGUGCUAACAGUGAUUUAUACCCAUGACUUGGGUUUAUUUUGUAUGAUCAGUUUCUUAUGUUGCU